GAGGGCGGCCCCGACAGCGCCGCGGUCAGGUGGCAGCCCCGGAGACGGAGCCCGGCUGCCUCCCGAUAAAAGUCCUGCCCCGCCGCCGCCCGCCGGGGAGCGCGGAGCUGCCACCGAGGAGCCAUGCACAACAUCGGACGUGCUCUAUGAGACAUCCCAACUCCAGCAGCCCACAGCAUCCGUGUGCCCAUCGAUGAGUUGGAGCAGGACAGUUUGUUACCGAGUUGACUAAGCAGAGGAAGCUCUCACUGUCCUUGCACCACCAGACCAGACAAACCUUCCUUUGGCUGAAGAUCCCGUUGGGUCUCUUCCCAUAAUGGAAGCGUGAGUGCCAAGAUCCUCCAUGACCUCCAGAAGCCACAACUCCUUACCGAGAACUCUGAUGGCUCCACGGAUGCUUUCUGAGAGCGCCCUGGGGGGCAUCGCUCAAAUCACUCCCUCGCUGUACCUGAGCCGGGGCAGCAUCGCUUCCAACCGGCACCUGCUCCUGUCCCGGGGAAUCACCUGCAUCAUCAAUGCCACCAUCGAGAUUCCCAAUUUUAACUGGCCCCAGUUUGAAUAUGUGAAAGUGCCUUUGGCCGACAUGCCCAACGCCCCCAUCUCCCUGUACUUCGACAGCGUCGCCGACAAGAUCAACAGCGUGGCACGGAAGCACGGGGCCACCUUAGUCCAUUGUGCUGCUGGCGUCAGCAGGUCGGCCACCCUCUGCAUCGCCUACCUGAUGAAGUACCACAAGGUCUCCCUCUUCGAGGCCUACAACUGGGUCAAAUCGAGACGCCCCAUUAUACGCCCCAACGUGGGCUUCUGGAGGCAACUGAUAGACUACGAGAGGAAGCUCUUUGGGAAGACGACGGUUAAAAUGGUACAGACACCAUAUGGCAUCAUCCCAGACCUUUAUGAGAGAGAGAGGAGACCCCUGAUGCCUUACUGGGGAAUUUAAAGGGACUGCAGAUGGGAAGCACAACAGAAGGGACAUGCUGUUCUCAGUCAACCAGCCUGGAGACAUUCCCUUCUCCUUCUACAGCCAACAUUGGUUCUUUACCAUACAGCAGAACCUCAACGAAAUCUCAACUCACUAACCUGCAAGGCCAACAACUCCCUUCAAAGCGUUUCUCUCUACAGGGAUUCCCCCAUCCCCAUUUCUCUGAUCUAGCAGAAUGAGGUCUCCUUAUAAGUUUAUUCCUCUCAUAAAGCCUCCCUCCCUUUUUUAGUCAGUUUAUUAGUAUCCUCUGAGGAAAGGCCUAAAAGGCACCUGGCAGAGUUAAUGAACAAAGCGCGCUUUGUGAUGCGGUAGCCUGGAUAUUUCGUUCAUAGCUUGUUUGCUUCCCUGCAAGAUCCCAUAGUGGCUUGGGAGCAGCACUAGCACAGAGCCAGUGAGGUCCUUCUCUGUGCCAGAGAUUUUUUUCCAAGAGCCAGGAAGGCAGACAUGCAGGGUGGUUGGGGUGCUAGUGCUGGUGUUUUCUUUAACAUCUGUAGUGACUCUCAGUAUAUAGUGUUUGAGAUCUUUAGUCAGCUCUUAAUCUGUAUUAAAAGUAAAAAUAAAUAAAUAAAUAAUGGAAAGAGUGAAGUCAGUCUGUGUCGGCCACAAGUAAAAUAAAAUUUGAAUUAUUCAAAUCAAAUAAAUACAAGAUCCUUUUUUCACUCAUUCCAUGGCCAGGGCAAUAGUCCUGGAAUACACUUACACUGCUGAAAAAUGCUGGUGUGUUUUGUGGGUGGAAAGUAAACAGAGAUCUUGUCCAACCAUGGCUCAAGACAGAAGCAACAGGUUAACCCUCCCUGCACUGGCAGCCAAAGAAACCCUUAGGAAACUGUCUGUGCGUGGCCACCUGCCAAAGGGGCUGGGCUGGGUUUUCCUAUAGUCAGUCAACCAGUAAGUUGGAAGUAGGAACAACCACUUGACUACUUAGCUCUGAGUACGGUCGUGAUCUGCCUUAGCCCAUUUCUAAAUCACUUCAUGAUGUCCUCAUGGUUAUGUUGCAUUCUAGAGUUAUUCUGCUCAAAACGGCGAUCUGUCCAACCUCCCAGACAAGGAUGGCUUUAUGGAGAAGGCUUGGCCUUGUUCUGUGUGUGACGAGAAUGGUUCCAACCUGAGAUGUGGGAGAAGCCUUUCCAUGGCGUCGCUGCUGCCUCCUGGACAUCGGUCCCAAUCCCACGGGUGGGACGGGACUGGCUUUGCUGGAUCGUACCCGGCCCACCAGGAGAGCAAGGCAAGUCCUCUGUGAGACAUCUGUGUCCUCUGUUGUAUCCCUGAAGGAGGAACAGGCAGAUUGCUGGAUGCUGAGAUAGCUAUCUGAUUUAAAUGAGAUUCUAUACUUGUAAA